UAUUUUCUAUUGUAAAUUAGAAAAUUGGGUUUCUGUAACCAGAGAAGUUCUUCUUCCAUUCCUAUCCGCAGGGCUUGGUAUGGUUGGAGCAGGGUUGGUUCUAGAGAGAGUGCAGUUCUGGAGGGUUUUUGUAGAUAUACCUCAACUCUUUAUCAUGGUCCCUGCUCUGAUUGGUUUGAAGGGAAACCUGGAAAUGACUUUAGCUUCCAGAUUAUCUACCCAUGCUAACCUGGGACACCUGGAUACAGUUUCUCAGACACUAGAGAUGGGCGGAGCAAACCUUGCUCUUAUCCAACUUCAGGGUGUUGUGGUUGGUGGCCUGGCUGCAGGUAUUGCAGUGCUAAUGUCUUAUCUUACAUCACACUCAAUCAUGGAGUUUAGUAGUUUACUGGUAAUGCUCUGUAGUAGUGUGAUAACAGCAUCCUUGGCCAGCCUUAGUCUCGGGAUAGUUAUGAUCAUCGUUAUAGCAGUUUCGAGAAGGUUCGGAGUAAAUCCUGACAAUGUAGCUACUCCAGUAGCUGCUGCUCUAGGAGAUCUGGUUACACUUGCUCUUCUUUCCCUGGUUUCCUCCCUUCUCCGGUCUGCAGGAUACACUCCACAGCUCAUUAUCCUCGUUCUUUAUAUUGUUAUAGCUGUAUACUGUUACAGGAUCGCAGAUUUGAACAAGGAUACCAGGAAUAUUCUCCGAGAGGGUUGGACUCCAGUUCUCUGCGCUAUGCUCAUCUCAAGUCUAGGUGGAACUAUACUAAAUCGUGUAAUCUCCAGGUUCCCAAACAUUGCUCUUUUCCAACCUGUCAUUAAUGGCGUUGCUGGAAACCUAGUUGGAAUCCAAGCGUCCAGAAUCUCUACCGAGCUCCAUAAGCACAGCACACUUGGAACUUUACCAAACGAAGUUUCUUCGUGUAAUCUGCUAAACCCUCUGUAUACCUACCAUGCAGGGACUUGUGAUAAAUCAAGAAUAUUGACCGCUAAUUCAGUAGCUGCUCGGGUUCUGCUUUUCUUAGUUCUUCCAGGUCAUUUAACGUUUAACCUGGCUAUUGGAUUGUCACAAGGUUUCCAUAUCUUCUCUGUAUCCUUUCUUUUUCUGUACAUGGUCGCAGUUUUAUUUCAGGUUUGUUUCCUGCUUUACAUUGUUAAUAUUCUCGUGCACUUUCUUUGGCGAAGAGCUGUUGAUCCGGACAAUGCCGCAAUUCCAUAUCUCACUGCACUCGGAGAUUUACUUGGGGGGGCUCUUCUUGCAGUCGUCUUCAUUACACUAGACUUAAAUUAAAUAAAUAAAGCAAGAUUUUAUAUUCUAUUAAAUAACCAAAGACGUCCUUCUCUUUUACUUAAACCAGUGUUAUAGUUAUAAAUAUUAUUAAUUACUGACAUUGGAUAUGUAAAUUGUAGGUACAGUUUGACACGAUCCUUACACAUACUUACCAAUGUAUAAUUAAUUAGAGUAUCACAAUGCAGUAGUGUCCAUAAAACUGUGGAAUAGAGAGACGACAUUUCAGCAAUAUUAUAUGAAAUUGAAGUUGUUAUAAUGAAUUUUAUAACUUGAAAAUCAUAACAUAUUUAGUGAAAGGGGACUGCGCACACUAGAAAACUGCUGUGUUUCAUAUUUAUUGGACUAUUUAAAAUCAUAACUUGAUUCUAACAGUCGUCAUCCCACAGUUCUAUGGGCCUCACUGAAGAAUGUCAGAUUGUCUUCCUAAGAUUAGAUAAUUUGUUUAAACUUUAUAGCAACAUAUAUCAAGUCAUUUUUCCAAUUUUUGGCAUUUCCACUCAAAUGUGAGAGUCGUUAAAAAGGAUUACAAUAUGAAUAAUCAGGAAAGUAUGAGUAAAGAUCGCACUAAACAUAAAACCUUUUAUUAUUUUUGUUGAAUUCCAUACAAUCAUAAUUCAAGAUUAACAAAAGCUAUUCGCAAACCUUACUAACACACUUCCUUCUAGUAAAGGUUCUGAAAUUUUACCCUCAUUUAGUUCUGAAGCAUUAGUAAUGUCUACCAUUUGAUCAAUUUUGAGAAAAAAACUAAAAAAAACUAACUAUUCUCUCAUGUACUUGAAGGCUGUGUGAAAUCUUAUCUUCAAACAUAAAAUAACCACAGUACAAUUCGUAAUAUGUCUUGAAACUUGCUGAAACCUUUUCUUCCGAACUACAACCCAUAGUGCCUUGUUGUAAACAUUACAAUUACGCUUAUGUUAACCAAUAAUAUUUGAUGUUGUAUCCUUUUUAGACCUUAUGCUUUUGCUCAAUGAAAUAAACCCAUGAAAUAUAUA